CCAAAUUUUGUGUCUUCGGGACUAUCUUCGCGCAAAAAGCUCUCGGAUAGAGCACGGCGACGAUGGUUGCCUGUGGCAUUGCUGCGCUUUGCCGUUCAUGCUCUCUUCAGGACACCUUGAGAAGCUUCACCAAGCUGUGCGCGGAGCUGGAGCGCUUUUACUGCUGCCAUGUACAGGAAAAUGUUGAUGGCAAAGCGUCACCUUUUGACAAGCAAAACUUAAGUUUGCAAAUACGGUUUGACCUUGUUGUUGCCUAUCCGGACCAGUUCCACGAGGGUGGGUGCCUGCAGUUCGUCUGCGUGUUGUCAAGCUGCCAGAAGCGUGCCACGAAGCAUGGAUGCUGGACAAACUUGAGAUCAUUAUGAGCCUGUUACGGAUCUCUUUAGUCUUAGGUGAGACCAUUUUGGGCUCUUGGAUUCCUAGCCGCAAGUUUUCCGAAGACAGCCUGGAUGCUAGCAACCAUUACUGCGGUGGACUUUACACUUUAUGAUGAUGGUGGCCGCGUGGCUAUAAUACCACGUACGUGUUGGUCAUCUUCAAGCUCCAAACAGCGUCGUGUUCUGAAUCGCGAACAAAUUGUUCAGUAUAGGAAGU